GCUUUUUCAAUUUUCAUUAGCAUACUAGAAAAUGGGAUAGAACAAAGUCAACCGAAAAGAAAAUCGGGGCGUAGAACAAAUAUCAGCGUAACCGAGACUAAAGAGCGCCAAUUUCACAAAUGGCAGCUUUAGAGUGUGGUCAAAACUCACAAGUUCCGUCCCUGUGUUCUUCAUCUUCUACAUUCUUCUCUUCCAUUUCCUUUCACCUCCAUUUCGUCUCUUUUUCUUUCUAUCCCUCUCCAACAGAAAGAGAGGAACCUCGUUUUUGCGAGGAACGAUUAGCCCAUGUAGCAUAUUUUCUUAUAAUUUAGAAAUCGCAAUGGCAGAUGACAACCAUCGAGAGAUAAUCAGUCUGCAUCAACUUGUGGUGAAACUUGCCAAAGAAUUAGAUUACAAGAACCAUCUCUUGAUGGAGAAGGAAGGUCUGAGUCUGGAAAGAUUUGCUACUAUGAGCUCUUUGAUUGAAGAGAAAGAUAGGCUUCUUGGUGAGAGAUCUGCUGUAAUUGGUUCAUUGAUGGCACAAAAACAUAGGCUACAUGAAGGUUUUGUCGAAGAGAUGCGAAAAUCUGAACAAUUGAAACAAGAGAUAAAGAACAUCAGGCAUCGAUUAGAAGUUCAGCGGCAGAAACUGGAUGCUAGAACCAUGGAACAGGAGGAACUUCUUACUAAAUCUACAAAUGCUAAUGGGUAUUCAGAAUCUCCAGAGAUCAAUCUGAUUGUCCCAGCAAACCAAUUGAGUCAGUCCUUUGACAAGCAUAACAAGCUGCAAAACACUUUGGAGAUGUUGCAACACUUGAGGUCACGGAAUGAAGAUCUGAAUGAUCAGCUUGAAAUUCUGAGGAGAGAACUUGUUGAGAAAGGAGAAGCAUUUCAUCAGCUUGAAAGCCUUAAUCAAACUCUUAUAUCGAAUGAGUCUUCAUGCAACGAAGAGCUGAAAUCUGCAAGAAUGGAAGCCAUAAAUUUCUUCCUAAAUAUCGGAGGCGAUGGAACAAAAGUUGGGAUCAAGAGAAUAGGGGAGAUUGACCCACAACCUUUCCGGGAUGUAUGUUUUAUGAAAUAUUGCAGUUUAAGCUGGGAGGAAAAAUUCAACGAAUUAUAUUCGUUGUGGCAAGCAAAUGUCAAUGAUCCAAGCUGGAAACCCUUCAAGAAAGAUAUCAACAGUGGAGAAUUGAGUGAGGUUGCUGAUGAAAAUGACAAGAAGCUCGCAGAGUUGAGAAAAGAAUGGGGUGAAGAAGCAUACAAAGCCGUUGUUAAUGCACUGCUGGAUUUCAGGAAGUACAACCUCAAAAUGAAGUCUUCAAUUCCUGAACUUUGGAACUUUGAAGAGGGAAGAAGGGCUUAUAUGAAAGAAGUAAUUCAGUACAUCAUCAAGCGCUGUGAAUUCUAUAGAAACAGAGACAAUGAACAGUCUGGAACUAUCUUCGGGCUGAUGGCAGAGAAAGAGAGAUUACUUAGGAAAUUGGCAGGUAUCAAUAUUCUAAUGGAGGAGAAGGACAAGCUUCUGAAAGAGAAGUGUGCAGAAAUUGGAAAAUCGAUAGAGCAGGAUAUGGAGAAGGAUAAAACACUUAACAAAAUGUCUGCAACUAUUAGUACAUUAACGGCAGAGAAACAUAUGUUACUUGAAAGUUGUAAUGCAGAGAAAUGCAUGGAGAAGCAGAGUGUGAUGUUAAAGCAUGAAUCGCAAUUUGAAGAGAAGCUGGCAAAGCAAUCAGAGGAGCAUAAGGAAACAAAGCGUCCCAAUUGUGAGAGUAAUGAAAGCUUAAAAAUCAAGGAGGAAAGUAUGGACUGGUUUCUGGAGUAUUUAAUGGAUCAAGGUGGGCCUGCAAAGAAGUUAAAGAACUCCAAAGCUCAAAGUUCAAAAAGGCAAAUUUGUUCAACAUCAGAAAAUAAAAUGUUACUAGGUCAAAACACGGGUGAACUAUCAAAGCUUCCUAAAGCUGAGCCUGACAUGUAUGGGGAAGCACUGGAUGGGAGGUGGGAUGUAUUAGAAGUUUUACGACCAAGCACAAAUCUUCUGCCCUCAAAAGCUGUCGUUACCUCUCCAUCAUACUCAAUGGCCCUGGAAAGAAGUUUUCAGGUGGUUUGCGUGGAAAAAAAUGGUGAUGAAUGUUUUCGGAGAGAUGGGCAUGCGACUAGUAGUACUACCAAUGUUCAAGUGCCAUGAGUAAAUCUCAAAGUUAAAGCUAGUUCAAGAAAGCCACCAGUGGAAGUUGUGAGUCUUGCGACAAAGAUCAAUAUCAUGCAACAAACUAUCCUCGGACGUUUCAUAUAUUUACCAAAAUCCGUCAGCCAGCAGCUGCUCUUUCUUUACACGAGGUGUACAAAUGGAGAACUGCAACCAAGAGGAUGAGCUCAAAACUUUGCGGAAUCUUGUGGUGAAACUUGCCAGAGAGCUAGAUUACAAAAACUUCACGUUGAUGGAAUUGG